AUGACUCAGAGAAAUCCUUUUGGUUUAAGCAAAGAGCAUUACGACAAAGCAAAAUCUGAGUAUGAAGAACAUCUAAAAAGAAAUGAUCCGCUAAUAAGCAAAGAAACAGGUGUAAAGAAAACGAAAUUGACAGAUAAUAAAGUCGAAGAAGAUUUUAAAAACGAAUCUGAUGAUCUUAGAAAGUUUUUAGAAGAUAAAAAUUACAUUCUAGAAUCACCAAAAUUAGGAUUUUCAAAUCGCGAUAUUGAUGAAAUGCGGGAAAUUGCUAAAUCAUUAAAAGACGAAACAACGUCAAUCAAUCUAAUUGUAGAAAAGAUUAGAUUAGACAACUGA